AUGGUGUCCUUAGCGUUGACAGAUAGCCCUGUUGGGUUUGCUGCUUGGUUAUGGGACCUUAAAAAUACCGGUAGUGAUGGAUAUCCUUACAGCUACGAAGAGAUUAUUACGGACACCAUGCUGUCGUGGAUUCAGUCACCAUAUGGGAGUAUUCAAGACUACCACCUGGUCUAUACGGCUGCCCUGUCGUUUCCCAAGUCGGAUAUGCCAACUGGGGUCACUCAAUGGGGGAAUAUUCAUGGGCCGUUUCCAGCCCUUGCCAAAUUCAAUUUAGCUCCAUUGGAUUGGAUUGAACGAACUACACAUGUGGUCUACUUUAAAUGA